AUGUUGAAACAAGCGAUGAAUACUGUUGAAAGUAAAUUUGAUAAAGCUCUUGACAUAGGAGAAAGUAUGUGUUUAGUUUCUAGGCCCCAGUCAAUCGCACCUGUGAUCUCUGAUAUUUGCUUAAAUGCUGAUUUGUCGACCAUUGGUAACUUACAAGAUUCAGAAUCAAAAGAAUUAAGGACAAUACUUGAUAACAUAAUAGAACAAUCAAAAUCUUCGAAAAAUGAAUUAGAAACCGAGAGUUUAACAUCCGUCCACACUAACAGUGUUAUUUCAAUUAGUUCGGAUGCACAAUCUCGAGAGUUCGAUGGUAUUGACAGUUCUAGAACAUCUAAUGAUUCAAGAGCAUCAGAAGUUGAGUCUCAAUUGACAACUGAUAAUUUUCAGCAUAUAAUUGAGCAACGAGAGCAUGAUAAUUUCUCUUUCGUUCAGAUUCGUGAAUUAAGAGCUACUUUGGUACGGGUUGAAGAGCAAGCUGGUCUUCGUGAAGAUAAUUUACGGAAUGAAAUUCUGGCAUUACAACAACGAUUACAAAUAGCAGAAAAUUACGCACGAGACUCGACGUCAGAAGAAUGGGAAAUAGAUCGAAUUCAAUUACUCAAACAGAUAGAAGAUGUGAAGACACAAUAUGCAUUAUCGGUCAAAAAACUUGAGCUUAUCGCAGCUCAACAAAAAAAUUCACAAUUAAGUGAGGAAAUAGAAUCACUUAAUGCUCGAAUUCCAACCUUACAGAGUGAGAUUGAAACUCUUACAUCAAAUCUUGAAUCGUCCGAAGAAUGCCAUCAAAAAAGUCUAAAAGAAAUAGAAGAACAAUAUCGUUGUAUAUUACGACAAACACUUGAAGAAAAACAGGAUGAAUGGGAAGAAAGACUACGAUCAGAGCAAGAAGUCAAAUCAAAGGAACGUGAACAGGAAAAACUAUCAGUGAAAGUGGAUUCUAUUAGGGGUAGCCCUAUAAGAUCAGCAAGUGAAACGCAAUUGAGUUCGUUACGUUCCGUAAGUGAAAUACAUUUAGAGAAACAUACAGAGGGAGGAGUACAAUCACCAAUGUUAAAAAGUCCAACUUCAAGUCUUAGAUCUAACGAAUUAGCAGAUGAACUUGUAAAACUAACCACACAGAUAGAAGAUCUGUAUGUAUAA